CCCUUUCGCCCGAAUCUGCAGCUCAGGAAUCUCCUGGAGUCUCUGGCGAACCAUCCAAAUCUCACCGCGCAGGCUGUUACGGCCGCCCGUGCGCUCCAAGAUGACCACUUCCUCCGCAAGUAUCCGUUGUCAGAUAGAAUCCUGAAGCCGGCUUCUACGCCGCAGUAUUACACACGGUUGGUCGAAGGCUACGAGAAAAGCGCGAAAGGUAUCGGCAGGCCUUGGUGGAAGAGAUUCUUCGGGAUAUGGUAAUGAGAGACGCGACUUGCCGCUUCACAUGACAUCUGCGUAGAAACAGGAUGCGUGGCAAUGUCAAUCGCAAUGCCGUUUGAUCUCCCGCGCCGCGAACACCGACCUGCGGUCUAGCACAGGGUGUAGAUGCGACGCACAAGCUCGGCCACCCUAGACUAUGAUUAUCGUUGUCUCGGAGAUUCGGACGUGGUUCGCGGA